CAGUGCCACAAACUUGAUGCGAACCCCAUAUGCUCUUUAUUUUCUUUUUUCUUUUUUCCUAUAAAAACCAAACAUAACCCUUCUGAGCUCACAUAUAACUAAAGCCAAUUAAAUAACUUUCAUUAGUAAUAACCACCUCUGCAAAAUUUAGAUUCUUUGUUUAGCAUCUGAAGCAAGGCAUCAUGUUUCAGAACAUAGUUGAUGCCAUUACUGGUGACAGCAAUGGUAACAAGAAGAUGAAAUGUGUUAGUGGUGACUGCAAAAAGAUCAAAGGUACUGUGGUGUUGAUGAAGAAGAAUGUUUUGGACUUUAAUGACUUCAAUGCCUCAUUUCUUGAUGGAAUUCAUGAGUUGGCUGGCCAUGGAGUUUCUCUGCAACUCAUUAGUUCUGUUAAUAGUGAGCCUGAGAAUGGUCUGCAAGGAAAAGUAGGAGAGCCUGCAUUGUUGGAGGAUUGGAUUACUACAUUCACUCCUGCAACACCGGGCGAUUCAGCAUUCAGAGUUACCUUUGAUUGGGAUGAUGAGAUUGGAAUUCCAGGAGCAUUUAUAAUAAGAAAUAAUCAUCACAGUGAAUUCUACCUGAAAACUCUCACCCUGGAAGAUGUUCCUGGCCAAGGCCGAAUCCAUUUCGUCUGCAACUCAUGGGUUUACCCUGCCAAACGUUACAAGAAAGAUCGCGUUUUCUUUACUAACAAGGCAUAUCUGCCACACGAGACACCAAUGCCGUUGCGCAAGUACCGGGAGGAAGAACUAGUGAGCCUGAGAGGAGAUGGAAAAGCUGAGCUCAAGGAAUGGGACCGUGUGUAUGACUAUGCCUGUUACAAUGAUUUGGCAGAUCCUGAUAAGGGUCCGAAGUAUGACCGCCCAGUUCUUGGAGGCUCUGAUGACUACCCUUAUCCUCGCAGGGGAAGAACAGGCCGAAAACCUUUAGAAUCAGAUCCCAAGUACGAAAGCAGGCUGUCCCUUCUCCUGAGCUUAAACAUAUAUGUCCCAAGAGAUGAAAGAUUUGGCCACUUGAAGAUGGCUGAUUUCCUUGCUUAUGCACUGAAAUCUAUUGCUCAAUUCAUCAAGCCUGAGCUAGAAGCUGUAUUUGACAAGACUCCGAAUGAGUUUGACUCCUUCGAUGAUGUACUAAAACUCUAUGAAGGAGGGCUUAAGCUGCCUGAAGGCCCCCUGUUAGAUAAUAUAAUAAAAAACAUUCCAUUGGAGAUGCUCAAGGAAAUUUUCCGAACUGAUGGGGAGCGACUUUUCAAAUUCCCAAUGCCUCAAGUAAUUAAAGAGAAUAAGACUGCUUGGAGGACAGAUGAAGAAUUUGGCAGAGAAAUGCUGGCUGGUGUAAAUCCUGUCCUCAUUUGUCGUCUUCAGGAGUUCCCUCCUAAAAGCAACCUAGACAGCAAACGUUAUGGUGAUCAAAACAGUUCAGUAACUGAAGAGCACAUAAAGCAUAACCUAGAUGGACUGACCAUACAAGAGGCCCUAGAGAACAACAAGCUGUACAUUUUAGAUCACCAUGAUACGGUGAUGCCAUACCUGAGGCAGAUAAAUGCUACAUCUACAAAGACAUAUGCAUCAAGGACAUUACUUUUUUUGAAAGAAGAUGGAACUUUGAAGCCAGUUGCCAUUGAAUUAAGCUUGCCUCAUCCUGAGGGAGAUGAAUUUGGAGCCAUUAACAAAGUAUGCACACCAGCUGAAGAUGGCAGUGUUGAAGGUUCCAUUUGGCAACUAGCCAAAGCUUAUGUGGCUGUAAUUGACUCUGGUGUUCACCAACUGAUCAGCCACUGGUUGCACACUCAUGCGGCAAUGGAGCCAUUUAUUAUAGCAACAAAUAGGCAUCUAAGUGUGCUUCAUCCGAUACACAAACUUCUGCACCCCCACUUCCGUGACACAAUGAACAUAAAUGCAGUUGCUAGACAAAUACUCAUUAAUGCCGGUGGAUUGCUCGAGUUUACUGUUUUUCCUGCAAAGUAUGCAAUGGAAAUGACAUCCAAAGCUUACAAAAACUGGAAUUUCACGGAGCAAGCACUUCCUGAAGAUCUAAAGAAAAGAGGAAUGGCAGUUGAGGAUCCAAACUGUCCACAUGGUGUCCGCUUACUGAUAAAAGAUUACCCUUUUGCUGUUGAUGGACUUGAGAUAUGGUCAGCAAUCAGAGAAUGGGUGAAAGAUUAUUGCUCCUUCUACUAUGAGACAGAUGACAUGGUUAAAAAGGAUCCUGAACUUCAGUCCUGGUGGAAGGAACUCAGGGAGGUAGGUCAUGGCGACAAGAAACACGAGCCCUGGUGGCCUAAGAUGCAGACAAGGGAAGAGCUGAUAGAAUCAUGCACCAUUAUCAUAUGGACAGCAUCUGCUCUUCAUGCUGCAAUCAACUUCGGCCAAUACCCGUACGGAGGCUACCUUCCUAAUCGUCCUAGCAUAAGCCGCAGGUUCAUGCCAGAAAAGGGAACCCCUGAAUAUGAGGAGCUCAAGACUAAUCCUGACAAAGCUUUCUUUAAAACUGUCACUGCCCAGCUGCAGACUGUUCUUGGCAUUUCCCUUAUUGAAAUCUUGUCAAGGCAUUCAUCAGACGAAGUGUAUCUUGGGCAGCGGGACACGCCCGAAUGGACAACCGACAGUAAACCACUAGAGGCCUUUAAAAAAUUUGGAAAGAAGCUGGAAAAAAUCGAGGACAGGAUUAUAGAGAUGAAUAAAGAUGUGGAACUGAAGAACCGUAUUGGUCCAGUUUUAGUGCCAUACACCUUGUUAGUUCCUAGCAGCGAUGUUGGACUUACUGGCAGGGGAAUUCCUAACAGUGUUUCGAUCUAAACUAAAACUAGUACUUUCACUUUGCAGAAUCUCAUCAUUUUCAAGUACCUAAUAUCUGUAAUUCAUAGUAGAUGUUACAAGGAACAAAUAGCUUGAGGUAAUAAAUUUCAUAAAUGAUGCAUACUUGGAUCUUCA